UACCGGGGCACGUGGAAGGGUCUGAGUGUGGCGGUCAAGACGCUGCGCUUCUCGGACCGCCUGUACGGCAACGAGCGCUCCAGGAGGGCGGCGCUGAGGGAGGCGGCCAUAUGCUGCAGCCUCCACCACCCCAACGUCGUCAGCACCUACACCUACGAACUGAAACCCGUCAGGACGGUCCUCAUGGACACGCCACCCCCGCCCCAGCCCCAGCCUGCGCCCCAACUACCCCUUCCUCGACCGCCAACCCAACCGCCACCACCAGCAGCAGCUGCAGCCCCGCCCAACACCACCUCCGCCAGCCCCACCCCCAGUGGCAACGCCAGCGGCUCCUUGCUGCCCUCCAACACCCCCAGCAGCAACACCACCGGCACCACCAGCAGCCUCAGCCAGGGCAGUGCGGCCGCUGCGGGUGCCGCUGCUACGGGGCCGGCGCAGAGCACUGCUGGCAGCAGCAGCGCCAGUGGAG